UUAUUAAUUUCCAAGGACAGUGACACAAUGUAGCCUAUAGUAAGGGGGAGACGAAGAGGAUAUGGAAAUAGGCGUGACAUGCAGUGUGCUUGCAGUAAUUUGUCCAAUGUAAAUGCAUCACAUUUACAAGUGGUUUGAUUGUCCAUCGGCGUGCAUGUAAACAUGAGUUCUGGUGAACAAGAACACAUGACGAGACUCCAGCACUUUCUGUCCGAACUUGCAAUAUUGGGUUCUUUACAGGGCUUCCAUUAUUUUCAGCCCUGGCUAAGAGGGAGAGAGGAACUUCUGUUGACCGUAGUCAACGAUGACUCGAGAUGGCGUUCUCCUGGGUUCGCAGUGUCUGUGGCCUCCACCUUCACCAGCUCAACCUGCAGUAGCAGUUACAGUCUGGACAGCGAUUACGCCAGCUCACCUUUAGCAGGAGAAGAACCACUUCCACAGCACGAACACCAGACGCCCGAGGCCACACCGCAACACACUCCCAGCAGGGAUGUUGAUUCUCAUCUUCUCCCAGCCUCACCAAGUGAGAAAGAGAUCGCUGUUCCUGAAAUGAACUGCACCCUGUUCCUGUUAGCCGGCUAUGCCAAGUAUGGGCAACCUUAUGCCUGGAUUAGAUCCAAUCACGAGCGCCUAGUAAACGUUGGAGGAACUGAUACGCUAGUCAAGGACACACCAAUGAAACUUAAGUCAGUCACAGACUGGGUUUCAACACCCCAAGGAACUCAUGUAUGGGACGUAGUGAGUGAGUUGGUGGGACUGUGCACCAUGCCGCCUCCCGACAACCCCUUCUCUCUGGACAUGCGCUACCUCCAAACCCUGUCCCUCCCAGAGCGCUUCCUGGCCACCGGGGCCCUCCUGAAUUUCCUGGAGAUGAUUGUGGUUCAGGGAAGCCGAGAGGAACCGUUCUAUGAUCUGGUUGUGGCAGAGUUGGUGCCAUUGAGACGACUUCAUUUCCAAAGCCUCUCUGAGUUCCAGAAGUUUCAAGGCAGUGACCGGUUUCACAGGACUUCAAGUCACUUACCCGACGAAUGAGAACUGAUGCUUCAAAAUACAACAGCAUGCAAGGGUUUUCAACUCUAGAGGAUUUUAACAAUUGGCCUAAAACUCCAAACGUCACAAUCUAGAACGGUUACAAGUUAAACCAUGAACUAAUACAGUAUGUUUUGUUCUUUAUUUAUUUUGAUACUAAGAAACAUUAAUUUGUGUAAAUAAAGAGGUUUAAUAAUGACAGCUUUAGCCCCAUGGCUUUAAGCUCCUAAAUGUCAGCCAUGGCAUGUUUUUGCGAACCACAGCA